AUGAUAGGUCUCACCCUGUACGACGUCCUUGGUUUGACCCCUACUGCAACAACGGAUGAUGUUCGCAAAGCCUACAAGAUGAAGGCGAGAGAAACACAUCCGGACAAGUUAACCCCUAAUGCCAGCGAUCGCGAAAGGCGCGCGGCAGAGGGAAAGUUUCGCAAUGUGUAUGAUGCAUUUCAGGUGCUGAGCGACCCAGUGAAACGUAGGGCGUACGACGGCCGCAUACAGGCGGCGACAAACAACGCAAAUAGGUGGGAUGCUGAGCGUGAGCGGAUAAAGCAAGAGAGAGAGGAAUGGGCCCGACAGGCCAAAGAAAGAAGCGAAGCCCGACUCAAGCAACGAGCAGACUUGGCGUCCUCUAUUCGGGACAUGAAGGACGAGAAAGCGGUGUACAACGAAGUCGUAGAUAAGAUAUAUCAGGAGCUGGUGGAUAGCAGCCCGGAAUGGGCCAUUCGAAAGAAGGAGGUUUUGCAGCGAAAAGCGAUAGCUGAGAAGAACGCUUCCACUCGCGCUUUACCUCGGCGACAAACUACUUUAUAA